GCGGCGUCACCCAGUGCCGCCCGGGGCGGGGCGGGAGGCCGGCACAUCCCGGCUCCUUCUUCCUCGGAGCCCCCAGGGUGCGGAGAGAGGGACUGGGGGAGGUCCCCUCCGCCCCCGUCGAAGGGAGCGGGGCGAGUGGAAAGGUCUGUGGGCGUGAGUUUCACCUUGGAGUUAGAGGCAACAUUUCUGACACUGUUAUAAGGUAAACAAGUGUUUUGGCUGUUGAUCCUGUUGAUGCCGCUCUUCCCUGCUCUUGCUGCUUCCCUGUUGACUGAAGUUGUUCAAACUCAAGCCUGUUGCCAAAAGAGCAGCACCAUCCUCAACAGCACAUUUCUGCAUCUCCCUUGAAAACUACUCUAGCUUCACAUUUGUUCCUUCCCCAUCGUCUCAGUUACCUGUUCUUUCCCAAAACGCAUACAGUUUGAAAUCUGUAAUGAUUUCAAAGUGAUGUUGGAAAAAGAAAUCAUUACUGUGAAGUUAUCCAGUACACACUGUAAGACCUUGGAUGCGGUGGAAGCUGCAAAACUUAGUUUCUUUGGAGGAAACUUCCUGGACUCACAAUGUGGUCCUGACGAGCUUCUUCUGGUGUCAGUAACAGACCGUUUACCAUGAGCGAUCCUGCUUCAGCUACAGACAAUGAGAAGAAAAAAGUCAGAGGAGGCAAAUUGUCAUGUUUCCCUUCACGUGUUCUUCAUAUUCGUCAAAUUUCAACUGGUGUUACUGGAUCAGAAGUCAUUGCAUUAGGUCUCCCUUUUGGCAAAGUAACCAAUUUCUUGAUGCUAAAAGGAAAAGGUCAGGCAUUUUUGGAAAUGGCUUCUAUAGAAGCUGCUGUUUCUAUGGUGAACUACUAUACUCUUUCUACACCUCACCUCCACAGUCAACCUGUUUAUAUUCAGUAUUCCAAUUACAAAGAACUUAAGACUGAAAAUCAACGUAAUCAGGCUGGACCCCAGGCUGCACUGCAAGGUGUGAAUACUGUGCAGCACGGAAGCAUGGCUAUUACAAGUGCUUUCGGUGGUGAAGGUGGACUCCUUCCAGGUCAAGGUUCUGUUCUUCGAAUCGUUGUUGAAAAUGUUUUUUACACUAUCACUUUAGAAAUGCUGUAUCAGAUUUUCUCUAAAUUUGGAUAUGUCUUGAAGAUUAUCAUGUUCAUUAAGAACAAUCAGUUCCAAGUUUUGCUCCAAUAUGCCGAUGGAAUGAACGCAUAUUAUGCCAAAAUGUCUUUGGAUGGCCAAAGUAUCUACCCUGGGUGCUGCACUCUGCGCAUUGGUUUCUCCAAGUUAACUAGCCUAAAGGUAAAGUACAACAAUGACAAAAGCAGAGAUUUCACUCGCACUGAUCUUCCUUUUGGUGAUGGCCAGAGACCUCCGGACACAUCCUUAACCUCUUCUGCCUUUGCCACUCAAAAUACGAUAUUGGUACCAUAUACAGGAGCUACUGGAUUUGCCCAACCCUUGGGCUUUCCUCAAGGUGCUGGUGAUGCUAUUUAUACCCUUCCAGGUGUUUCAGUUCCAAGUGUUCCUGGACUACUUGGUUCUCUCACAGUUGCCCCGUCAGCAGUGUCUGGACAGAUUCCUGCUGUUACUGGUAUUCCAGGAAAUUCUGUUUUACUAGUCAGCAAUCUCAACCCUGAAGCCAUCACACCAUAUGGACUUUUCAUCCUGUUUGGUGUGUACGGUAAUGUGCAUCGUGUGAAGAUCAUGUUUAAGAAAAGAGGAAUUGCUUUGGUCCAGAUGGCAGAUGCAACCCAGGCUCAAUUAGCUAUCAACCACUUGAAUGGACAGAGGCUUUAUGGAAGGGUCAUGCAUACUACUCUUUCAAAAUAUCAGACAAUUCAGCUUCCUCGUGAAGGGCAAGAGGACAAAGGUCUGACCAAGGACUAUAGCAAUAGCCCUUUACAUCGCUUUAAGAAUCCUGGCUCUAGGAACUGCCAAAAUAUCUUUCCUCCAUCUGCCACCCUGCAUCUCUCCAACAUCCCGCCUUCUGUUACUGUUGAUGAUUUGAAGAACCUUUUUGCAAGUAAAGGAUCUACUGUGAAGGGCUUCAAAUUUUUCCAGAAAGAUUGCAAAAUGGGUCUUAUCCAACUGGGCUCUGUGGAAGAAGGAGUUCACGCUCUCAUUGAGCUUCACAAUCAUGACUUUGGAGGAAACCAACAUCUCCGAGUUUCCUUCUCAAAAUCUACAAUCUGAAUUUUCUGUGCACUUUGCUUUUAAGGCUUCAUAGCAGUUUUAGUAAAAUCUUCAAGUAGAGACUGAGGCAACUGAGACCAGCUCUGUCUCUUAAAAGAAGCAGCUCAUUAAUACACAAAGAAUUAAAUGAUGAUCUUUUCUGAUUCUAGCUGCAAGUAUGUGAUCCAUAGAAAGAUUCUUCUGUGAAAUAGCUUUAGCAACAAUAUUUAUCAAAUUUCCUACUUAAAAUUAUAUUUUGAGAACAUCCUUUAGGUUUUUAUUCUCAAUCAGCCUUAGAAAACAUUUUAGAGUGCUUUUACAAUACACCAAACAAUGAGUAUUAUUAACAAAAUGGUAAAUUUCCACUGCGAAGAUUAAACACUAAUUUGAAUGUGAAGUAGUUCUUGAGUUGAAGAAAAGCAAGCAGUGACUGUGAGUAUCCUCUAAAUAGUAUUUAUGUUACCAGGGUGUGGGUUUAUACUUUGGCAGAUCUUUACAAGUAAUUUGUUUGUAAAAAUAAGAAGUCUGUGCUGUUCCUACAGAUUAAAUUAUUAGAGAUAAGGCAGUGCCUUCUCUAUGUGGAGUAAAAGAUAUUUCACACGUUUCUUCAAGAUACGGUAUCAGAGAUUUAGGUUGACUUAACCAUGGAAUGGAAUUUUGUCCUAUUUUUACUAUGAAGUGAUGUGUAAUUGUAUUUUGGAGAAUAUAAAAAAGAAAGUAGUCGUGAUUUAAAAUAAAUUUUUGCAUUCCUCUAAAUAAUUGUUUACAAUCUUAUGAAAACUGUUCAGGUCUGUGAUGGUAUGACAGGUUUUAAAGAAGUUAUUUUUGUGAAGGUCAUCUUUGGGGCACAAAAAAAACACCUGAAGAGAUUUUUUUACCACUAUACUUAAUUUUUUCUUUUGUACUGCAAUAUGCAGGAAUUCAAGCAUAAGCCACAUAUUUCCAACUUUGGGUAAUAAUAACAGGUACCUGGAGCAGUCCCAAAGGAAUUAAAUAGUUGAAG